UGAAAAUUCAAGGGCACCAGUAAGCACCGGCUUCCUAUAAAUUAAAAUACGCUUUGAAUGAUGACACAGUAACGCUAAAAUGAUGUGGGUGAUUUUAACUAUAUUAUUUUUUUCAUCUGUGUUUGCAGAUCUCUCAAUCGACUUGCCCGAUGGUAAAGUUCGGGGUCACGAGAUUCAGUCGCAAAAUGGUAGCAUAUACGCUUUCCAGGGAAUUCCGUAUGCUACCCCUCCAUUAGGAAAUCUGAGAUUCCAGAGUCCGUUACCGCCGCAGCCCUGGAACGACAUCCUGGAGGCCAACCAAACCAGAGAAAGUUGCAUAGAAUUACUACCUUUCACGUCGCAGAGUGAAGACUGUCUGUAUGUGAAUGUUUAUACACCCGCGCGACAGAUAACUGAAUCCUUACCCGUUCUCGUUUGGAUUUACGGUGGCGGAUUGAUAACGGGUUCCGGUUCAUAUGAACAAUACGGCCCAGAUGCACUCGUCAAAGAAGAUAUAAUAGUGGUAACGUUCAACUACAGAAUAGCAUUGUUCGGGUUCCUUUCAACCGGGGAUGAUGCUAUCCUUGGCAACGCUGGACUGAAAGACCAAUUGCAAUUGCUCAAAUGGGUUAAGUCCAAUAUAGCUUACUUUGGCGGAGAUCCGGAUAAAGUCACCAUUAGCGGUCAAAGUGCCGGAGGAAUAUCCGUAGGAGUACAUGUAGUCAAUUCGAAGGCAGCUGGGCUAUUCAGGGGUGCUAUUUGCCAAAGCGGAUGCUCGUUGACGAGGUUAGAUAUAACAAGCCAAAAGGACCCGAGAAAAGUCGCCUACGACCUAGCAAAAAUUGUCAACCCAUCGGUUUCUGAUAGUAACACCACGUCAGAAAUAAAAGAUCUUCUUCAAAGUGUGGACGUUGAGGUUCUAAGGGCCAAUAUGGGUACUCCAACAGGCGUAGUACUUGAACCGGACGUAGAAGGGGCCUACGUGACGGAACUCAGUUUUACCCAGCUUGAAUCUGGAAAUUUUAACCGGGUACCACUUAUACUCGGUUUUGUCUCCGAAGAAUCUCUGGCGUUUCAAAUAAGUUUCCUGCCGGCUCUAAUGCUUCAAGGACUUCAAUACGACACGAAUGUAACACAAUUGUUGCCCUCUGAUUUCUUGCCUCAAGAAAACGUCAGUACCAAAGAAGUUGGUAACCUUAUCAAGGAAGCAUACGUCGGUAAAGAUGGCUACUUCUUUUUAAAUCCGGCCAAAGUUUUACAAUUCGCCAGUGACAAUAUGUUUGUAAGAUCAAUACUGAAGCAAGCGGAAGUGCAAUCAAAUUUUACUCCAGUGUACUUGUACCAAUUCUCCUAUUACGGCACCAUGAGUCAAAGCCGUCCAGUGAUAGAAGGUGCUGGAAAAGUAGCACAUGCAGACGAAUUAGCGUACCUUUUUAAUACCGAAAAGUGGUUGAAAACUGACGCAGAUUUUCUAGCAAGCAAAAGGUUCGUCAGACUUUGGACAAACUUUGCUAAAACUUUGAAUCCCACACCUGAUGAGACAGAUCCAGUGCUGAAUAUAACAUGGCCACAAGUCACACCUGCUAAUGCUCAGUACAUUGAUAUUGACGAUACGCUUCAAAUAAAAUCCAACAUUAAGGCUCAGGAAUCCACGAUGUGGGAUAACGUCUUCUACAAUUACGGACGCCAGCCUUUUACUGGAUUUUAAAAACUUGUAAAU